AUGUCUGCGCCUGGAGGAUCCCUGUCUCUUACACCAGAGCAACCCUACACAUUCGCCAAGAUAUUUAUCAAACACCAGAUUCGUCCCAAUCCCAAGCCCGCACUUGAAAACAAUACUGUCGCUGGAAAAGUCGCUGUCAUAACCGGUGGGAAUGGCGGUAUCGGUUUAGAAUGUGGCCGGAUUCUGCUGUCGCUCCACCUCUCCCACCUCAUCCUUGCCGUUCGAUCCCUUGCCAAAGGAGAAGAGGUGGCAGCUUCACUCCGAAAACUCUACCCGAAGGCAAAUAUCGAGGUUUGGCAGCUAGAUAUGAACUCUUAUGAGUCAAUCAGGGCUUUUGCUAAAAAGUGCGCAACCCUGCCCCGCCUGGAUAUGGCUCUUCUCAGUGUUGGAAUUAUGAACACCGACUUGCGAGUGAACAAAUCAACCGGCCACGAGGAAAUGUUUCAAGUCAACUACUUAUCGACAGCUCUACUCGGGUUACUCUUGCUGCCAAUCCUUAAGAUGAAGACGCCCUCCAACUCUCCAGGUCGGCUGAUGCUCGUCGCAUCUGGUGCAGCGCUGAUAGCCGAGUUCUCGGAGCGUAACGCCGAUCCCCUUCUUUCUGCCUUUGGCGAUGAGAAAGUCUGGAACUCCUCCAUCGCUAAGAAGAAAUACGACACUAGCAAGGGAUUGGUUCUGAUGCUGACCCUCCAAUUGAGUCAAUUAACAAAGGCCGACGACGUCAUCGUCAAUGUUGUUGAUCCCAGCUUCACGCCAGGUACCAGCUUCUUCCGCAACCUUCCUUUGCUCGUGAGGGCGGUGACUUGGCCACUGACCAAACUCUUGGGCACCACUGUGAACAAUGCAGCAUGGAGGUAUGUCGACGGCUCUGUGGCCCGGGGCAAGGAGAGCCACGGAAGUCUCAUCAGCGACUGGGAAAUUCAUCCAUACCACCCAUUUAUGUAUACAGAAGAUGGCAAAGAUUUCAUGGACAAGCUUUGGAAGGAGAGUCUUGAAGAACUGGAUUUUCCCGAGGUCCGUGAGGCGUUGGUGUUGCUCCGCACAGGGUCUGUAUCUUGA